AUGCUGGAAAACGACAGUGCGGAUCAGAAUCAACCAUUUGUGUUCAAAUCCACAAUUGGGACUUUCCUCCAAAGUGUUGCCUACUUUUUCAUGACCAUUUCUUUGGGUGUUGCAUUUGUUGCACCACAAAAAAAUGAUUUAUUGAUUAUUUUCCUGGCCAGUGCUUUGUUGAUUCAUACGAUUUUGGCGGCGAAUUCACGACUUCUCGCCUCGAUUUUCGCAUUUGUGACGAUUGGAAUGGUCAUGUUCGAAUUUUUCGUAUUUUUCUACUCGAUGUUCACCACUGAGGUUUUUGAUGGAAUGACAAUGGAUCUCCAGUCUCUAAGAAGAAGCCAAGGAGCCACGUGGAAAAGGAAUCUGACAAAUCUACAGUAA